AUGACGAAUUGGAAAAAUAAUCAUUCCAUAUAUAAUGAGGGAGGAGAAAUUAAUGCCUCUAUGAACCCUCCCAAGGAGAAUAAAUCAUAUAUAGAUUCCAAUAAAAAAGAAAAAAAAUCUAUUUUAGAAAAAUAUUUUGGAUUUUUAAACAAUAAUAUGAAUCCUAAUAAAGAAGUAGACAAAAUAGAUAAUGAUAUCAACACCAAUUUAAACCAUUCCAAUGAAAGUGAUUGCAAAGGUACAAACGAAUCUAUUUUUUACGAAAUAAAAAGUUCAAGAGAAUUUAUAAAGGGAAGUUUAUUAAAUUUUGGAAGUUAUAGUGAAAAUAUAGUAUCAUCAAAAAUGUCAUUUUAUUCUAUAUAUGAAUAUACAGAUGAUAAUGAAGAUAGCGAUUGUAAAAUCGAAGACAAUGAACAAGAAAAUGCAACCAUAUUAAUGAAAAAUGAAUCGUAUACAUCACUUCCUAAUAAAGAAAUAUUACCAGAAUAUAAGGAUAAUAAUGAUUAUAUGCAUAUAUACGACACAGAUAACAUCUAUAGUGAUGAAAAAAGUGACAAUAAUAUAUCAGAUGAUAAUAUCAAUGACGAUAAAACAAAUGAUGAAUCUAUAACGAAAGAAAUUGCCAAACGCAAAAAAAUACCACACAAUAAUGCUGAAGAAAAGAAAAAACAUAAAUGGCUAGAGAAAAAACUAUUAAAAAAAAAAUAUAAUUUAAUAUGUAGGCACAAAAUAAAGAACGAAAUAUCAAAGUUCCAAUAUCUUGGAAUUAUUUCAAUUUUAAAUAAAAAAUAUGCAUAUAUAAUAGUAAAUAAAAAAAUUAUAUUUAAGAACAAAACAAACAAUAAAAACGAAACAAUUUUUAAAAGAAAAACAAUAAACAAGAAUAGCUACCCUAAAAAGUAUAACAUAUUUUAUGAUUUUUCAAAAAAGAAGUCUUAUAAUGUACUAAAAAAGUAUAAGAUAAAUAGGCAGUAUUUUUUUACAUAUUUACAUUUUUCUAUGCUCCAAAAAUCUUAUAAAAAAAAAACUGUUACAUAUAAAAGGGUAGACAAACCAAUUUUGAAUGAACCUGAAAGUGUAAUCAUUUCAAAAAAUGAGCAACAUAAUGAAAUUGACACAUAUAAUAAUAAUUUUGAUAUUUUAUGCACAAGUCAUCAUUCUAUACAAAACGAGAUAAAGACACAAGAAAAAUCACCUUCAAUUUUGGAGAACACAAUUAGCAAAAUAAUAAAUGAAGAAUAUGAGGAUAAAAAUUCUCCAAAGAACUUUCUGGAAAAUAAUAACAAAGACGGAAAUAAAAAAUCGAAGAAAAAAAAAAAAAAAAAGAAGGCAAAGAAAAAUUGCAACGUUGUUUCCGGAAAAGAAAAAAUAUUUUUUGAAGCGACAAAAAAAAUCAGCGAUAAUGAGAAUAUAAAUGAUACAAGCAAACAAAAGGUGAAUAAUAAAAAGAAAAGAAAAAAUAAGAAAAAAAGAAAUAAGAAAAAUAAAAAUAGUAACAAUAAACAAAUUAUUGCAUCCCCUAUUUUUGGUAAUAAAGAACAAUAUAACCUUGAGUUGUCGAACAAUUCUAAUGAUUUGGAAUGUUCUAUUAAUUGUGAUCAGGAAGAAAAAACUAUUAAUAAUAAUUCAAAAGAUUCAUAUUGCUCACAACAAAAUAUCAUUCCACCUAGUAAAGAUGAAAAUGACACUGAUUUUAUAAAAAACAUAUAUAGCUCUGAGAAGGCCAACUCGAAUAUUAGUCUUAAUAUGGUUAAUAUAAAUAAAUGCAAUAUUUCACGUGAUGGAUAUCCAACAAGUGAUGAAGAUAUGGAUAUUUUCACAAAUAAUGAUAUGUUUGAUUCUAAAAGCGAUAAUUAUAAAGUAAAAAAUACCAGCCAGGAUAAUAAUAUUAUUGGAAUAACAAACGUAAAAAAUAGCCAGUAUGUAUAUAAUGAACAAUUAUAUAAAACUGUAGACCAUAAUAUUAACGAAAAAUAUAGUGAUAACAAAUACAGUAUUGAUGGAUAUGAAAAUAGAUGUUAUGAACAUUACAAUAAAAAUAAUUUAGAAACAAACAAAAAGAGGAAUUUAGUGAUAUACUCAGAAAUAUAUAAAAAUAAUGAAAAAUUUGGAAAAUCAUUUGAAAAUAUAUUAAAAGAAGACAGUAAUUUAGUUCAAAAACCAAAUAACGAAAGCUAUCAGUCAUUAUAUAAUUAUAAAAAUAUAAAACACCGUAAAGUUGUGAAUUCAGAAGAGGAUAUCAAAAAUAAUUUAGAGAAAGAAAUAAAAAGAACUAUAGAAGAAUUAUUUAAAGCAUUUCCUGGAAAAUUUUUUUUAAAUGAUUUUUAUGAAGAACCAUCUCAAAAAACUACAAUUCAAUCUGAAAACAUAAUAAUAAAAAAAAAUGAGCAGAAUAACCAAAUAAUGCACAAAAAUUCUGAAAGUGGAGAAAUAAUCCCAACUAUAGAAAAUCCCCCUAUAGGUCAUAAUGUUCAAAGUGAAAUGAAUACUGAAUCUCAAAUAUGCGUAAAAUUCAUCGAAAAGGACAAUCACCAUAUUAUAAGAAAAACAAAAAUUAAAGACAAAGUAUGUGGGAAAAAAAUACAAAAAGACAAUAAACAUAAAUUUCAUAUGAAAGGUAAAUUCCUUUUAAAUGCAAAAACAUGGAAAAAUAAUAAAAAAAAUGAUUAUAUUUCAAAUUGUGAAAACAUAGAAGAAAGUCAUAAAAAUGAAGAUACUAAAAAAGUGGAAGAAAAUACUAUUAACAUUAAUAACGAUAAGUUAUCUGUUAAUGAAAUGAACGAAUUAGAGGAUUCUCAUAAAAAUGAAGGUAUGGAAACAGAGGAUAUAUUACUAAGUUCUACACUGAAUGACCAAAAUUUGAAUAAUCAAAUUCCCAAAAAAAAGAAAAGCGACGUAACAUUCUAUAUUAAUAUGGAGGAAUGCAAGAAGGAGGACGAAGAUAUAAUUGAAAAGUUGCCUAUAACACUAGCCGAAGAAGAAAAUGUUGAUCCUGCUAUAUGCAAUAACGGAACUGAUGCUAAUAAUGAUGAGAAAGCAGAUAAAGAUAAUGCAAAUGAUAACAAAAUCCAUAAUUACCAUCAUAUGAUUACAGAAAUGAAUGAACAUAAUAUGUCAUAUAGUAACUCUGAGGAAACAAUAAGACAAUAUAGUGAUGCUUGUAAUAUUGAUGAAAUUCAUAAAGAACCAGGACAAGAAAACAAAAUAAACACAUUAGAAAAAAAAUAUCAAACUGAGGAAUAUAAUACAGAAAAAAAUAAAACGACUCAAUUUUAUAAUCAUGCUGAAGUAUGUGAAGUAGAAAAGUUAGAAAAAAUUAAUACAUUCGAAGAAAAUGUUGUAGUAAAAAAACUUAAAAAAAAAAAGAAAAACAAAAAAAAGAGCAAUGGUUUGGAAGUAUACAAAAAUAGUGUCUUUGAUAAAUAUAUAAUACCUCUUAUUAUAUAUAUGAAUGCAAAAAAACACAAAAAUGAACAUCAUAACCAUAUAUUAGCCAAGUUGAUAGAAUAUUAUAUUACAUGUAUUUUAAAUUUUGGAAAAUUGUAUCAAUAUAUUGCUCCAAUAUAUGAUAGCCAGCAUUUUAUAAAUAAUAUAUAUAUCAUGAACAAAAAAUUAAUAUUUGUCUUUUAUUUAAAAUUAAUAGUUAGUAUGAAAAAAAAAGAAACGAAAUUGAAUAAAAAAACAAAAACUAGUAUAGAUUUAAUUGAUGGUUACAAAAUGAAGGUUAAACAAACUGAAAAUGAAAAUUUAGAAAUUUGUAAAGAAGUAAAGAUAAAUAAACAAAUAUGCCCAAAGAAUGAUAUCACCCCAAAAAUAGAUAUAUCAAAUAGUGUUCCAGAUCAAACCCCACAAGUUGAUAAUAAAGCCAAGACAUAUCACAGGCCAGUGCCCCCUAAAGAAAAUGAAAACAUUAAUAUAUCACCAAAUACUAAUUCAAAUCAAAAUAAUAUAAAACACAGUUUAAAAAGCAAUGUAAUUGAUUAUAACAAAUCAAGCAAUAAUUCGAUCACAAAAUUUGUCAGUUACAAUAAUAUGAUAAAAAAAGAAACAACGAAUAAAAAUAUUAGUAUCAAUUUAAUGGAUGAUAGCAAAAUAUCAACCAAACAGAAUCAGUAUGCAAUAAGUAAGAAUUACGCAACAAAUGGUAAUUUAUUUGACGUUAAAAAUAACAUUAAUAGUCAUAUAAAAAUAUAUAACACUUCACAAAAUCAUAGUAUAUAUGAUUACACAUGUACAAACAACAUAAAUAUUUUAAGUACACCUUUGUAUAUUCUCGAUUCUUGUAAUCCUAACAUAAAGAUAUUAAACACGCAUGAUAUGAACCGUAGAGAUUUACAAAAUAUGAAGUGUAAGAAAAAUAUGCUUAUGCAUAAUAAUAAAACGAUGAUUCAACAUGCCCAAAGCAAUGAAGGAACUUAUCAUCCAAAAAAAAAUAAUAUAAUCAAAAUGAAUACAUCAAAAUUAACAUAUUUGGAUGCAAAUAAACUCUACAAUAAGGAAAUGUGCCCAAAUGAGCAAUUAAAUAAAAAUAUAAAAAAUGGGGUCAAGAAUAAUUAUUUAAAUAAUAAAGACAUAAAAAAUUAUAAAAAUAAAGCAUUAACAUCUGAUAGCAAAUUGGUAGAAAAAAUAAAAUCAAAAAAAGUUUUACCCGUGUCUACUAAUACAACUAAAAUAUAUAAAAGUAUUCCUAAAAUUAGUUUUUUUAAAAGAUUAUUUUUUUCUUGCAGUUUUUUUAAUGAUAUAGUAAAUGAUACAAAAAAAAUAAAAUGUCAUAAAAAUGGUGAAAAUAAUAAAAUCCAAAACAAAAUGAAUGUAAAAAAUACAUACAAAAGGGACACCAUAAUAAAUAUCAAUAAAUAUAAUAUGAAAGUAAAAAAAAUUGUUUUUCAUAAGAAAAGAAAAAUUAACAAAAUUAAUAAAAUUAUUCAACAAACUAAUAAAUAUUUGGAAUUAUUUAAUUCACAAAGCUUAAGUUUAUUUAACACUUUAUGUAAUAAUAAUUAUUUUAAUUGUCUUCCACUUAAAAACAAAAACAUUGAAAGCUUUCAUAUAUCUUUCUUAGAUUCCUUACCAAAUAAUCAUAAAUCUCGAGUAAGUUAUAUGCAAAAUACAGAAAAUAUAUGUAUAUAUAAAGAUUUUUAG